AUGGGGCCGUCUUCAUUCCUAGCAACUCGUACCCUCUUGCAACUGGCCGAUGAUAAAGGAAAAGCAUACCCGCUGGGAGAACCAGCACUCCGAAAAGGAUUUUACGUCGACGAUUUCAUCGGCGGAGCUCAUUACGCAAAAGAAGCAAUCCAGCUGAGGACCGAAUUGGGAGAAUUGAUGGCAAAAGGCGGAUUCUGUUUACGAAAAUGGACCUCGAACAAGCUAGAAGUGCUACAAGGACUAGAAGCUGACCAGAUCGGGACUCAGUCUACAAUCAAGUUCGUUAAGGAGGAAACGAUUAAGGCCUUGGGGAUAAGCUGGGAGCCCGAAGCCGAUGUGUUCCGUUUUGAGGCAACGUUACGACCAACGCACGGACCUAUCACGAAGAGGGUCAUCGGAAUUUCGGAAAUUCGGAAUUUCGCAGCUGUUUGA